GUUAGAACUCAGCCGGCGAGCUGCAGAGUAAAAUAUGGUGACAAAACCCACUAGCUGCACUGCGCUGUCCUGUCCAGCGGUACCACUACACAAUGGACUGAACAUUCCCAUUCUGGGUUUGGGUACAUCUCAUUAUGGAGGCUACAGUCAUGAAGCAGUGCUUUAUGCUCUACAGGAGUGUGGCAUAAGGCACAUCGACACAGCUAAGCGCUAUGGUUGUGAGGAGGCUCUGGGAAAAGCAGUGACUGAGAGUGGAGUACAGCGGGAGGAACUCUGGAUCACCACCAAACUAUGGCCUGGAGAUUACGGCUAUCAGAGCACCAAACAAGCCUGUCGGGAUUCAUGUGCCAGGCUGGGGGUAGAUUAUUUAGACCUGUACCUGAUGCACUGGCCGGACUCCAUGGUUCCUGGUCGCUCCAGUCAAGAGGUUCGACUGGAGACUUGGAGAGCUCUGGAGGAGCUUUAUGAUGAAGGUUUGUGUCGUGCCAUCGGAGUGAGUAACUUUCUGAUCCCUCACCUGAACGAGUUAAAGGAUUGCGGUGGAAUCGUGCCUCAUGUUAACCAGGUGGAGUUUCAUCCUUUCCAGCAGCCAAUGAAGCUGGUUGAACAUUGCCGGAAGGAGAACAUUGUUUUCGAAGGCUACUGUCCUCUGGCCAAAGGUCAAGCUCUCACUCACCCACACAUCCUGGAGCUCGCCAAGAAAUACGGCCGCAGCGCUUCACAAAUCUGCAUCCGCUGGAGUAUUCAGAAUGGAGUUGUCACAAUCCCAAAGUCCACCAAACCAGACAGGAUCUAUGAAAACUGCCAAGUGUUUGGGUUCAGGUUGGAGGAUUCAGAAAUGGCUGCCCUGAGUACGUUGCAUGAUGGGAGACAUGUAAGCUGGGACCCAACUCAUGUGGAAUGACCAAGUCUCCUUGAAAAGCAGCUCUUCAGGUGUUUGGAUUCACACUUACAAGUGAAGACAUGGCCUAUAUUAGUGACCUACACACCAAUCAGAAGCUGAUUCAUCUCACUUUCCCAAUCUGGAAAGGAUAGCUUGACAAUCAGUAAUCAGGAGAAUGCUGAUGCCAUGUGCCUUUUUAAAUGACAAACCAAAUGCUGUAUUUAUUAUUUUGUGUCUAAAUAAUGAUGGUAACGGUUAGUAGAGGGAACUUACAGUACAGGGAAAUUAUAAUCAUUUUUGUAUGAACGGAUAAUAAAUGUUUGAUUAGAAAAUACCCUUUGAUGUGCUAUUUCCUCCACUCUUCAUCUUACAAUUCUGACUUUGUCUAACCUCAUUUGAAUUAUGCCAGUGCGUAAACUAUUAAAGUAGUUUAAAGUCAUUUCACCUAAAAGUGACCAUUUCAAGAAAACAAAGUACACUGAAAAAAAUUAUUCAAAGAUGGAUUUACAAAUUUUUUUUUUACAUUAAGUGGUUGUAAACGAUUUAUUUGGGCUGAAUUUAAACAAACAAAUUAAGUUGAACAUUAUUAAAUUAAAUUUUUUUUUCAACACAGUUCUGCAUGCAACACUUUUUUCAGUGUAUGGUAAAAUAUAUUAAACAUUACGUUUGUAAAAUAAACUAUUAAAAGUACUGAUGAUCACCA